AUGCCCCUUGCCCCAUACCCCAUGCCCCUUGCCCCAUGCCUCCCCAACCUAUCUUUCCUGUGGUGCAGUCGUAAGCAGGUGCACGCCCCCCAGAGUGACAUCACCAUCCUCUCAUGGCGGCAGCUCAACCGCGCUCUCCCGGGCGACACCGUGGCAGUCAGGCUGCUGGGCAAGCGCAGGGUGGGGGACAGACAGGUGGGGGGUGGGCAGAUGGGGGGAGGGCACAUGGGGUCCGGGAAAAUGGGGGCCGGGCACGUGGGGGGAGGAGGCAUGGAGACGAGGGAUGGGAGAAGGGGUUGGGGGGAGAGUGAGAAAGAGGCAGAGGGGAUGAGGGAGGGAGAGGAGGGUGUGGUGGGAGUGAGGAGGUACGACGGUGGGUGGAGUGAGGGAAUGGAAGGUGGAGGUGGGGUUGUUGGGGUUGGGACUGGGGUUGGCAGUGCCGGUGGGGAGGAUGGGGAUGAGGGUGCCGGCGGUGGUUGGGGUGGUGGUGGUGGCGGCGUUGCUGCUGCCACGUCUGACGCUCACCUUCCCCUGGCCCCUUCAGCCUGGGAUGAAGCGCCCCCUCCCCCUGCCUCUUCAGGGUGGGGGGAAGCCCCGCCCCCGCCUCCCCCUACUGGCUUGGCGGAAGUUCCCCUCACUCCCCCUCCACCCACGGGCUGGGGAGAAACCCCUCCUCCCCCUCCCCCUACUGGCUGGGGGGAGGCUUCCGCUGCUUCCAAUGCCCCUGGGUGGGGGGAUGGAGGGUGGAACGGGGGAGGGGUGAGGGAUGGAGGGGAUGAUGGCAGUGGAGAGGUGGGGUGGCGGGCGAAGGAGCAGGGGCAUGGCGGCUGGGGUGGGCUUGGGGAUGGGCAGGGGCAAGGGGGCGGAGAUGAGUACGAGCAGGAUUACAGUGGGUGGCAGGCGGGCUGGAAUGGGAAUGCGCAGGGGCAGGGAGAUGGGUAUGGGGAGGAGGAGGAGCAUGGGAGCCAGGUGGGGCAGGAGAGGUGGCACCGGAAACGACCUGCAGCUUCGCACUGGAAUCAGCACAGUGGGCGUGGGGAUGGGCAUGGGGAGGAUUGGGGAAACGGGGAGUGUGGGGAGGGUGGGGAGGGGGAGGAGUAUGAGAUGGUGGGGGAGGUGGUGAGUGUGCUGCACCGAGUGAGCCGUGACUUUGUGGUUUGCCUUAAAGACCAUGUGGAUGAGGUGGAAGGGGGUGCUGCGGGGGCGAGAGGAGGGGAGUGGCUGUGGGGGGAGGAGGAAGAGGAAGAGGAGGAGGAAGAAGAGGAGGAAGAGGAGGAGGAGGAAGACGAGGAGGAAGAGGAGAGUGAGGAGGAAGAGAGUGACGAAGAGGAGGGAGAGGAUGAACAGGAGGAAGAGGAAGGAGAGGAGGGAGUGGAAGAGGAGGCACAAGAGCAGCACAGGCACAGUGUGCUGUCAACUGCACAUGAGCUGGCAGAAGGAGCAGCAGUGCAUGGUGUGAGAAGCUCCAGCACGGCCACAUGCAGCGAGCCGGACACCACUCCGUACAGCAGUAUGCGGGGUGGCAGCAGCAUGAGGAACCCGCUUGACCCUGUUUAUGCUUGUUCUGCCCCUUGCCUGUGUGCCCCUUGCCUGUCUGCCCCUUGCCUGUCUUCCCCUUGCCUGUCUGCCCCUUGCCUGUCUGCCCCUUUCCUGUCUGCCCCUUGCCUGUCUGCCCCUUGCCUGUCUUCCCCUUGCCUGUGUGCCCCUUGCCUGUCUGCCCCUUGCCUGUCUGCCCCUUGCCUGUCUGCCCCUUGCCUGUCUGCCCCUUGCCUGUCUUCCCCUUGCCUGUCUGCCCCUUGCCUGUCUGCCCCUUGCCUGUGUGCCCCUUGCCUGUCUGCCCCUUGCCUGUCUGCCCCUUGCCUAGCAAGGAUGGGCUUCCUCUGUGUGCCCAUGGAUGCUCGCCUGCCGCUGAUGUUCCUGCGCACCACUCAGGCGGACCGCCUUCGUGCAACCCGCUUUGUCGUGCGCCUGGCAGCGUGGGACCGCUACUCACGCCACCCAGACGUGUACCUGGUGAGGACGCUGGGGCCAAUGGGAGCCCUCCACGUGGAGCAGGCAGUGCUGCUGGACGACAUGGGGCUUGCCUUCCCGCCCUUCGGUGACGGCGCUCUGCAGGAAAUCCCUCAACCAGCGGCAGGGGCUGCAGCAGAGGGCAGGGAGGGGGAGUGGCGGGUGCCUGAGGAGGAGAUAGCCAGGCGCAGGGACCUGCGGGAUGGGGCGCACUUUAUGUGCAGCAUCGAUCCCCCAGGCAGCAAGGAUGUGGAUGAUGUGCUCUCCACCGCUCACCUUCCCAACGGCCUCAUUCAGGUGGGGGUGCACAUUGCAGACGUGGCGUUCUUCGUGCGGCCAGGCAGUCUAUUGGAUGCAGAGGCUAGGGCGAGGGGCACGUCUGUGUAUCUCGCCAACCAGCGCAGCAACAUGCUGCCAGAGGCCUUGAGUGAGGGUCUCUGUUCAUUGUUGGGAGGCCGCACGCGACUGGCAGUGAGUGUCAUCUGGACGCUUGAUCCCUCCCACCACUUUGCACUCGUGGGGCCACCUUGGUUCGGCCGAACCGUCAUCCGAUCCAACCACCAGCUCUCGUACGUGCAGGCACAGGCCAUAGCAGACGGAGUGCACCCGUUGCCAGCGGAACACCAACUGGCGGGCGGGCAGAGGGAAGUGGCGCGAGCCAAGACGUGCAUCGCCACUCUUACUGCUUUUGCUCGGGAGCUGCGGAGGCAGAGGCAGAGGGCGGGGGCGCUGGAGCUGGCGAGUGCGGAGCUGCGGUUCGAGUUUGACGAGAGCAGAGGGACGCCCAAACGAGUGUUCUGCAAACAGGAGAUCCCGAUGAACGCAGUGGUGGCGGAGCUCAUGGUGCUGGCCAAUGCUGCCGUCGCCCGCAAGCUCACCCGGGCCUUCCCAUCGACCGCCUUUCUGCGGCGCCACGCUCCUCCUCGCCCAAACGGCUUCCGCCAUCUCAUGCAUUGCUGCGCGGUGCGAGGCAUUGCACUCGAAACGUCAACAAACAAGGCACUAGCAGCGUCGCUGGCAGCAGUGAAGCACUUGGGAGACCCCGUCCUGGAUUACGGGCUCAAGGCUCUCAGCACGCGUGCACUCUCAGAGGCGGAGUACCUGCCAGCAUCAGCGGCAGCAGCGGAUGGCAUCGGGGCUCAUCACUACGGCCUCGCAGUGGACCUCUAUUCCCACUUCACCUCGCCCAUUCGCCGCUAUGCCGACCUGCUCGUGCACCGGCAGCUGUUGGCAGCACUGCAGCAAGAGAAGCGGGAUCGUGGGGAGGCGGGCGGGAAGCAGGGAGGGAGAGCUAGCGGCCCAUCUGAACAAGCAGCACCGGCUGGCAAAGAUGGCGUCAAAGAGGAGCUCCGAGCUCUGCCUGCUGCUGCUGCUGCGGGAUCAAACCUUGGUGGAGCGCGCUGUGCCGCUGCUGCUGCUGCGGGAUCAGCCCUUUUUGGAGCGCACUGUGGUGAGGAAGGGGGGCGAGGAGCACGGGAGGGGUGGUUGGUGUUCCACCACGGGAGGUGUUCCACCACGGGAGGUGUUCCACCACGGGAGGUGUUCCACCACGGGAGGUGUUCCCACCCACGGGAGGUGUUCCCACCACGGGAGGUGUUCCACCACGGGAGGUGUUCCACCACGGGAGGUGUUCCACCACGGGAGGUGUUCCACCACGGGAGGUGUUCCACCACGGGAGGUGUUCCACCACGGGAGGUGUUCCACCACGGGAGGUGUUCCACCACGGGAGGUGUCUCCACCACGGGAGGUGUUCCAACCACGGGAGGUGUUCCACCACGGGAGGUGUUCCACCACGGGAGGUGUUCCACCACGGGAGGUGUUCCACCACGGGAGGUGUUCCACCACGGGAGGUGUUCCACCACGGGAGGUGUUCCACCACGGGAGGUGUUCCACCACGGGAGGUGUUCCACCACGGGAGGUGUUCCACCACGGGAGGUGUUCCACCACGGGAGGUGUUCCACCACGGGAGGUGUUCCACCACGGGAGGUGUUCCACCACGGGAGGUGUUCCACCACGGGAGGUGUUCCACCACGGGAGGUGUUCCACCACGGGAGGUGUUCCACCACGGGAGGUGUUCCACCACGGGAGGUGUUCCACCACGGGAGGUGUUCCACCACGGGAGGUGUUCCACCACGGGAGGUGUUCCACCACGGGAGGUGUUCCACCACGGGAGGUGUUCCACCACGGGAGGUGUUCCACCACGGGAGGUGUUCCACCACGGGAGGUGUUCCACCACGGGAGGUGUUCCACCACGGGAGGUGUUCCACCACGGGAGGUGUUCCACCACGGGAGGUGUUCCACCACGGGAGGUGUUCCACCACGGGAGGUGUUCCACCACGGGAGGUGUUCCACCACGGGAGGUGUUCCACCACGGGAGGUGUUCCACCACGGGAGGUGUUCCACCACGGGAGGUGUUCCACCACGGGAGGUGUUCCACCACGGGAGGUGUUCCACCACGGGAGGUGUUCCACCACGGGAGGUGUUCCACCACGGGAGGUGUUCCACCACGGGAGGUGUUCCACCACGGGAGGUGUUCCACCACGGGAGGUGUUCCACCACGGGAGGUGUUCCACCACGGGAGGUGUUCCACCACGGGAGGUGUUCCACCACGGGAGGUGUUCCACCACGGGAGGUGUUCCACCACGGGAGGUGUUCCACCACGGGAGGUGUUCCACCACGGGAGGUGUUCCACCACGGGAGGUGUUCCACCACGGGAGGUGUUCCACCACGGGAGGUGUUCCACCACGGGAGGUGUUCCACCACGGGAGGUGUUCCACCACGGGAGGUGUUCCACCACGGGAGGUGUUCCACCACGGGAGGUGUUCCACCACGGGAGGUGUUCCACCACGGGAGGUGUUCCACCACGGGAGGUGUUCCACCACGGGAGGUGUUCCACCACGGGAGGUGUUCCACCACGGGAGGUGUUCCACCACGGGAGGUGUUCCACCACGGGAGGUGUUCCACCACGGGAGGUGUUCCACCACGGGAGGUGUUCCACCACGGGAGGUGUUCCACCACGGGAGGUGUUACACCACGGGAGGUGUUCCACCACGGGAGGUGUUACACCACGGGAGGUGUUCCACCACGGGAGGUGUUCCACCACGGGAGGUGUUCCACCACGGGAGGUGUUCCACCACGGGAGGUGUUCCACCACGGGAGGUGUUCCACCACGGGAGGUGUUCCACCACGGGAGGUGUUCCACCACGGGAGGUGUUCCACCACGGGAGGUGUUCCACCACGGGAGGUGUUCCACCACGGGAGGUGUUCCACCACGGGAGGUGUUCCACCACGGGAGGUGUUCCACCACGGGAGGUGUUCCACCACGGGAGGUGUUCCACCACGGGAGGUGUUCCACCACGGGAGGUGUUCCACCACGGGAGGUGUUCCACCACGGGAGGUGUUCCACCACGGGAGGUGUUCUACCACGGGAGGUGUUCCACCACGGGAGGUGUUCCACCACGGGAGGUGUUCCACCACGGGAGGUGUUCCACCACGGGAGGUGUUCCACCACGGGAGGUGUUCCACCACGAGAGGUGUUCCACCACGGGAGGUGUUCCACCACGGGAGGUGUUCCACCACGGGAGGUGUUUCACCACGGGAGGUGUUCCAUCACGGGAGGUGUUUCACCACGGGAGGUGUUCCACCACGGGAGGUGUUCCACCACGAGAGGUGUUCCACCACGGGAGGUGUUUCACCACGGGAGGUGUUCCACCACGGGAGGUGUUCCACCACGGGAGGUGUUCCAUUACAACCAGUUUGGUGCUCUACGCUGGUGCCCCUGUGGUCUCCAUUCAUGAUGGCUAUAUGACUCUCUUCGUGCCUCGCCUUGAUGUGCAAGGCCAGGUGCUCUUUCAGGUGAGGCCAGGUGCUCUUUCAGGUGCUCUUUCAGGUGCUCUUUCAGGUGCUCUUUCAGGUGCUCUUUCAGUGCUACCACGAAAGCACACGGACUGGGAAACAGAGCAGGCGGAGCAGCAGCAGUUCCGGCACCGCCUGCGAGUGAGAGUGGAGACCAGCGAUGGCCGACGCGUGGCGCGGGAGAAUCUGGGGGUCACUGCUGGUGCCGCUGCUGCUGCUGCUGCUGCUGCUGCUGCUGCUGCUGCUGCUGGUGAUGGGGAUGAGGAGGUGGAGGAGGAGGGGGAUUUCCAGCAGGGCUUUUCUGUUGUUGAGUACUGGCUCUUCCAGACCCUCUGGGUCCAGCUGUCAGCCUCAGGCUCCAUCGCUCACUUCCCCACUCUCAAGGUGGAGAUACUGGCGGAUGCUCACCCCUCAGCCGUCGUAGCGAAUCUCAAGAGCCAAUCAGAGGAUGCCAGCUCAGCUCCGCGAGGGCUGAUGGGCGACGAGGAGGGGGGGGGUGGAGAGGGAGCAGAGGAGCCCGCCGUUUCUCACUCUCACUUCGGGCCCUGGAGGGACGAGGAGGAGGAGAGGGGUGAGGGGGGAGAGGGAGGGGAGGUGGGGAAGGGGGAGAACAAGCAGAGGAGGGAGAAGCUGGAAAAGGGGCUCCUGGGAGUUGGAGAUAAAGAAAAUUUUACGCAAGGUUCAGUGUUUCCAGGAAAGAGACUUGCAGAGGAGGAGUUUCCAGCAGAUGUGGAUUUUGAGGCAGAUGCUGCUGCCGCUGCCACUGCCGCUGCUGUGGCUGCUGCUGUGGUGGCCGGGCAGGGGGAGGAGGAGGAGGAAGUGAGAAAAGAAAGAGGGAAAGGCAGGCAAGAAGAGUGGGUGGAGCAGAAGGGAGGAGUGAAAGGGAAGGGUGGUAGGAAGGGUAUGGCAGGUACUGAUGAGGCGGGAGAGGAGGUUGAUGGGAGUGGUGAUGGGGGGAGAGGAGUGAGUGGACGGCGGACCCUACCAGCAUGGUCUUCUCUCCGACCGACUUUGUCUUCUCUCUCUCCCAAGCACAACCUCCUCUUGGAGCAACUUCCUCCUCCUCCAAUCCUCGUCCUUUGCCGCCUGGUGUCUCCAUAA